AAUUGUGUAAGUAGAAUUUAUGUAAAUUGUCAAAGUUAAAAAUUACAUAUUGAAAAUAUGCAACUUUAUAUGUGUAUUUCAUCUGAAAAAUAUGAACAUUUGAUAAGGGGUCAAGUUUGUACCAAAGCUUGCAUCAAAACACAUUAGGCGUAAGGUAGAGAAUAUUUAGGUUACGACUGAAAGCGAAAUAGGAUAAUGUUGUUGGCCUACCUGUGUUGAGUUACUGGAGAAAUAACCUUGCAUAAAAGCAAAUUUGUAGGGUCCAUAAGUAACAUGUAUAUAUAUUAGAGCAUUCGUAUAGUACACAGUCAAACUUCGUAAACAUACAUUGUGCUCAUCCUCGUUGAAGGAAACAUCAAGACAGAAAACUUCCAACUCAAACUAGUCGGAAGUGCAUCUUGGGAAAUAAACCAACAUGAGGAUCCGAUCCAAGUACCAUACCACCAUGCACAGCCAGGACGAUGUUUGAUUCAGGGGACAUGCACAGUGAUAAUCAUCAUACAUUAAUCUCUCGCUAGAAGUCACUGCCGCAGAUACACCGGUAUCUCAACUCGUCGGCGCCUCCGAUGUAUGCAUCGAGAAAAUGUGAUUGUUUUAACCGGCCUCUUACUUGAAUGUGUGCGUACUUCACAAAGCUAUAUCGGGGAAGUGCAUCACUCCCAAUCUCGACCGGAUGAUGGACAGGAAUUACCCGACUCCAAGCUUCGCAGACUCGCUUGCCCCUCCACCACAGACCGCAGCUUGGGCCUACGAGCGUAGCACCGCAUGCAUUAAACCAAGUUCCAGUUAUGGUGCCACGCACUUGGAGUCGGAGCUUCUCCAGCGCCAAACGUAUGCUUCCAGCCAAAUCCCAGCCUACACCACCACGCAUCACCCAGCAGGUCUGUCUGGGGUCUUUGAAACCAGUUUGCAUACUUCAGGUAGUAACACUACUGAGACAUCGGUCAUGAAUUUUCUUCCUGCCCUCGAGUCCAGAAGCCUUCAGGCUGGACCUGCAACCGCUUCUCUCCUUCCCCAGUUUAGGACUCCCUCAUGGCAGACAGCUGCAAACUCCUCAACUACAGAACUGUUUCUCACUGGAGCCUUGUCUUCAGCUGGAACCUUCCCUACAGCUGCCCUAUCAUCCUAUCAGCACCCCACUGCCUUCCCCUCCCGGAGUUACACCACCACACCCUCACUGACAGUCCAGGAUGUCACUUAUAGCUCUUCCAAUGGUCUGAUGUCCCCGACUGACCCCCUAAUCCAAAUCAAAUCUUCCCAAGGUACUGUGCCUACCGUUCUGGCCUUUGACCGCCUGGGUGGCUCCUCCUUAGGGGCUGGCCUCCCGCCCCAGUCCUCCACAUAUCGCUCAGCCCAGGAGUCUGCCCCACACCUCUUGCAACCUCAGUUCAGCCUGCUGCAUUCAGCCCUAGGGAACUCCCAGCAGGCCCCCCAGCCUUAUGGUGGCCCAGUUUUCUCGGGCUCCAUCGAGAGAGCACUUCAGCGUGAAUGUAGUGUGAUCAAGCACCACCAGCGGCCUUCCAGUACCCAGUCAGUUCAGGAACAGCUGCCUGGCAGUGGGCAGCAUUCCUUACAGGGCUACCUGGCUGGAGAGAGCGACGUGUCCUUCCAGCAAGAGCCUUCACGCCAAACCCCUGUGCCCUGCAGCCCUGUUGGAGAUUCAGCUCAUGCACUCAACGGUGGAGCACAGCAAAAAAUAGCAUCUCAAACCACACUGACGCAAACUCAGGCCUACCCUUCCUCCCCUGUGUUUUCGCCCUCCUCCGGAGCGAAAACCAAAGACUGUGCUUCCAAAAUCACCCCGCAUCCCGCUGAUGGUCCAGUGGCUGAACCACAACCACAGACAGACUCGUCUGACCUUCAGCAGCAGAACUACUCAUCUCCAGUGCAGAAGCAGAGCUCUGUGAUCGCCACCCACUCUCAACCGUACACAUCCACUCAGCUGCCCAGUUUGAUGUCCAUUAACCCAUCACAGACCUACAUCACAUCUCAAGCCCUCUCCAACAGCAUCAGCCAUUCACAGACCUUCUCUACAAGUCAGACUGAGAAACUGCCUUCCAUUUACAAGACAUUAUCUUCAUUUGCUAGCCAGUCAGAUAACGUGACAUCUGUGAGUCAGUCAUUAGUUUGCUCUUCCAGUCAACAACAAGCAUUGCCCUUGGUGGUGCACAGUGAAGAGUACGCACAGGUGCAGGGACUUUGUAUAGGUAACCCCUCUCAAAACUAUUCUUCCAGCCACUCUCAGGGUCUGCCAAGUGUUAGCUACUAUGCCCAAGGGCCAGCAACUGCCAGUUCCUCACAGAGCUAUGCGACAGGACAAUCUGUGACUCUAACCCCUUCCUUCUCUUCUAACCAUGCUUCAAGUUUACCAAACUCAAACUCCAACCAGGACUACAGCCUCAUACAGCCUCCCAGUGGUAAGACUGAGAAUUCAUUGUUACAGCAGCCUCAGAAAUACUUGCUCCCGGUUCAGUCACCUCCCUCUUCCACUGCCCCUCAUGCCCAAGCCUUACAGAACAACAGACCCUCAGUGGAAUUGAAGCCAGCCUAUGGCAAAAGCAAACCAGAUGAGAACUCCUUUCUAACUUCCAAAGAGGACUGUGGAGAGCUUCCCAUUCAAGAUGUGCAAGCAUUGCAGCAAGCCUCUCUGGAGACUUCCACUCAAAUUGCAAGUAGUGCGAUUGGAGCUCAGAACAAUGUGGUGUAUGUGGUCUCCAAAAUGGAUGAUAGGUACAACACCCAGAGUGUUAUUCGGAGCAAUUCACGAUCUGAGGAUCAGGUCAUGGGGAUCUCCAACAUGGAACCCAUGCAGAAUGGGAGAAUGGGUUCCUUGAACCAACACGUGCAACUUCUAAGCAAUGCUAAUUCGAGGGCGACGCCUGACCCAAAAAGCAAUUCGACAUUAAUGCAGUCUUCCCACGUUCCCAUGAACUCAGAGGAACUCAAGCAGCACACUCUACUGCUGAAGGUGCCAGCGUCACAGCAACAGAACCAUCAGACACAGACCAUCAGAAUUCAGCAAGAUCACUGUCAGUCCCCCCAAGGUCAAACACAGUAUGUCCGUGUUCCUGGCGCCCAGAUCCUUCUAGAACCCUCACAAAUGAUAUUCCUUCAGCAAGCACCUUCUCACAUAGGACAGAGUUCAUCCAAAGUGGCCAGCCAAAUGCAGCCAGUCCAUUAUCUCAAUAUGAAUAAUGGGAUUAAUCUCAACGUUGAUAACCCGAACCAGCAGCAGUCUGGACCACACCAAGGAUCUGACACAGGAGACCCCUCCAAGCAGCACCUGUCACCAAAAGAUAGUUUCGGCCAAUCAAAUCAGCAGGAUGCAAAGCAACACUUUACCCUUAGCUCCAUCUGCUUCCCUGAAUCUAUGCUGCUGGCAGACGAGAGGAACAUCCUGUCCAAUGUGGAUGACAUUUUGGCUGCUACAGUGGCUGCCUGUGGAGUGACUCCACAAGACUUUGCUAAAGCCACUUCCUCUGAAGGGGACAUGCCUUCAAUUGCCAACCCUACAGACACCAAGUGCCACUAUCAGUCAAAUGAGAGCAGGCAUGAAUCUUCCAACUAUUCAUCGCAACACACAAUUGUGUCCAAUACUCCGACUAUGACACUAACGGUAAAUGGCAGUCAACUCACAACAGACAUUCAUAGGUACCCCAAAGAUGAGAUUGGGGGACAUCAAGCAUUUACAUUAGCAAACUCACACAUACAACACAGCACUGGUAUCAUUAACUCCCAACAGGAACUUGGUGAAGAAGCAACAAAUGUCCUCAGGAAUGUAGGAGGUGUUGGCCGUGAGGCACUUGACAGAAGCAUGACAUUACCCAAGGGGCAUGCUGUGAAUCCCAUUAAUGGUGUGUCUCUUAACCCCAGUGGAAAUAGCAAUAUUAACAGUAGAGCUCCUUCCAACUUUCACCUGGCUGGCCAGGAAUGUCCUCAAUCAGGGCUUAUGAACAAGAACCGAGAUGUGUCCCUGUCCAACAGAGUGAUGGGCAUAAAAAUGGAAAAUGGCCUUGUGGAAUGUCCUGCUGAUGGGCUCCCAAAGAAAAAGUCUAGGUCAAAAGGCUCCUCCAAGCUGGUUGUUGAUGAAGAAAAUGGUCAGCUCAGAUCUCAGAGACGAAACAGCCAAGCUAAGCGUCAGAAUUCAAAAGGCAGUGACACAAGCUCACCCUCCGCCUCUGAAGGCUGCCUCGACGGCUACCAGCAGCAGGAGAGGAUGCGUCAGAAGAUAAGGGAAGUUGAGGAAAAACAACCAGAGGUGAAAACUGGAUUCAUCGGGUCCUUUCUAGAUUUUCUGAAGUCUGGUCCAAAGCAGCAUUAUUCCUCCCCUCCAGUUAGGAGCCCUAAUCGCACAAGAAAACCCCCUGCUUCCUCCAGAAGACCCCCAUGUCCAUUGGCCAUGCCCAAACUUCAGUAUCCCCAAACUCCAUUGAUAUCGCAGGGUGCACACCCUGGUAGCUCAACAAAGCGGCUGGAUGAGGACCUACACAAAAACCUGGAAACUCUUCCAUCAUUCUCGUCUGAUGAGGAUGAAGCGGCUGGAAAAAACCAAGAUCUUCAGAAGAGCAUUACCUCCGCACUCUCAUCUCUCGAUGAGCAAUCGGACAAGAAGCAGAAGAUAGACAAUAGAUCUACGAGUGCAAUGGAAAAGCAGGAACAAUCUUCUAACAUGCAGUCAUCAGCUGUUAAGCCACAGGAACAGCAGUCAGUGGCACCACAGGAACUAAAUGCAGAGGAACUUCUGAAGAGCGUUCCCCCUGACCAAUUAGCAGUGCAGCUCGUCACUGUUGCCAUCGAGGGCUUGACAGACGAAGAGUUGUCAGACAGUGGAGGAGAGGGGAUGUAUCGUGAGCGGGAUGAGUUUGUAGUGAAAAAUGAGGACAUCGAGAGCCUGAAGGUGACAUUGAAAGCAGGACUGGACCCUCCAGCCAUCUGGAAAGUACAAAAGGCCCUGCUGCAGAAAUUUAUCCCCGAGCUGCGGGAUGGAAGACGAGUGUUUUCAGCCACAAACAGUUACCUGGGGUACUUUGGAGAUGCUAAGACAAUGUAUCGGAGAGUGUAUGUCAAGUUCCUUGACACAGUCAACAAGAGAGAGUAUGUCCGGGUCUGCAGCAGAAAGCCAAGGUGCAAGCCAAUGCACUCUAUGAGAGGCUCUCAGGCCAAGGCUCUGCUCGUCCACCGGAUGGGUCCUGCUGCUGUCUCUGACUCCUCCUUGCUGAAGGCAUUCUCCAAGCCCAGGCCAAAGCAGCCCAAGGCCAAGGCUGAGCCACCACCGAAGAAGAGGAAGAAAUGGAAAGAGGCAUUCUCAACCUCUCCCUCCGCAUCAUCCCCUGAGGCAGUGAGUGAAGAUGAUGAGUUCACACCUCCAAUCCCAUUUGCGUCACGGUUCCUCAACACCAGGAUGAUGAAGGAGACCUUCAGGAGCUAUGUGGAGCUGCUGAUCAGCGUUGCCUUAGAUGCAGAGGUCAUGAAUACUCUUGAGAAGGAAAAUGAUGAGCUUUUGCUGCCUCACAUGAAGAGGAUGGAUGGCAUGAUCACAGACAACAGGAGAAGAUUACUCCCCAAACUACGCAUGGGACAGCUGUUUAAGACUGCACUGGAUAGCUUUCCUGAGAUCUCGGUGGUGACGGAACUGAAAAAGGACGGAGAAACUCCUGCUUUUAAAGUGCGCCUAGGUGGGAAAGCUUACAGCAAGAAAACUAUGAAACCUUCUAAAUCCCCAAGCAAAUUACCAUUGGAGUAUACUGUGGAUCAGCACAAGACUCCGUGGUUCUCUCUCUAUCACUCACUUCAGCAUUACAAGUACCAUACAUACCUUAUGUGUAAGGAUGAGAUUGUUUCUCUGCGCUCUCGGGAGGAGGACCUGGGGCAGGAGGAGACUGUGCAGACCUGCCUUAGCAACAGGGUCUGGUUGGAGGGCCUCUUUGACCGGUUCGGAGAGCUCCUGACACAGGUGCAGCAGGCCUGCCUAUAGUCAAGAGGGUGGUGGAGAAGAGAGAAGUUACCAUCAGCGUAUGGAUGUGAUCUGGGCCAGACGACUGGGACGGUGGAGGGGUGGGGGACUUCAGCUGCCACCCCGUAAGCUUCUAUAGCACUAAAUACAGAUGGAGAAACAGGGUUGAGGUACAUAGUGUGACAGCUCUUAGCAAUUCGGACCUGGUUUUUUUUUUUUCUUGUUUUUUUUUUUUUGUGUGGAGAGGCCGUCUUGAAGUGUGGCACAAAACAAAAAAAACAUUGACUGACUUUCACUUCUUGAACGUAGCACAUUACGUUAUUUGUUUUACAGCUAGUUAAGCUGCUUCUAGUUUGACGUUUUGUACACACAAAUGUUGGUUGUUGUUUUCUUUCUUUUUUUUUUUUUUGCUUAAUUGUGAUGGACCAGGACUGAUAAGCAUGCACUAGAUACAAAGCAAAUUGCAUAGGACUUUGAAAACUUCCAAUCAGAUGUCAGCAACUUUUUUUAAAAAGGUUGGGAUGAUUAGUAAAUGAGUAGAUCUAUACAUAAAAUAUAUAUAUGUAAGACAUCCAUUAUUACAAUGGAGUGCCACAUUUAUAAAUAAUACUGUACAUUAUGUAAAGAAAGCUUUUUGUCAGUACAUUCUCUCAAAGAUGAAUUUGACUUAAUAUAGAUUAAAUACCUUUUGUGCUUCAGAAACUCUGUUUUAACAAAGGAUAUACAUCUGAACAUGGAGUUGGUGCAAUUCUAAUACUGCUUUUUAUUAUAUUUUAUUGUAAUAAAUUGUAUUACCAUAACUAUUUUCUCUGAUAUAAAAGUACAUUGCUUUUGUACUCUUGUUUUCUUUACAAACCUACAGUUUAUCUCACUAAUAGGUGUAUUUUUCACAGAAGGAAAUAUUAUGGUCAUUUGUUUCAUGUUCAUCUUUGUAAUAGACUUUUUUUGUUUUCAGAAGAGAAUCCCUAUACAUUUAUAUGUUGGUUACAUAUUGUACACUAUAUAUCCUAAGAUAAUUCCUGUCUUUAUAAUAUUACAAGUUUGCCUCGGUUUUAAACUGAAUAUUAUGCCAACAGCAUCAGACUAGAGUUUUGCUUUUAAAGUGUAGCUGAGUUACACACUGCAAUUAUUUUCUGAUACAAUGAAAUAAAUUUCUUACUAAAUGA